GAUCAUCAGGGUUCAAACCAACCACAAAACGACGGAAGUUAGAAACUGUACAUCUGGUGCCAUCUCCAUCCAGCAGUGCCACUGCUACGCUGUUAGCUUCAGGCACCCGGGUUCUGGACGUGGCGUACCCCUACUGGGAGUGCUGGCUGCAGCCUGUGUGUCACCAUAGGGAACGGGCUGUGAUGGGUGUGUUCUGAAAAGCUUGAGCAGAUCACAUGGUGGCCACAGUGCUCAGAGUAAUGAGAAACACAACUGCAGUGGGAAACAGUGAGCUGCUCAGCCUGCAAUCUGACUGCCUUAAGAGCUUUCCACGUCUGUUCUCUGAGCUAAGCAGGGCUGUGUGCCCACUGUUCAUUAAAUGCUAAACCAUGACCUGUCAAGGUGAUGCGUUUUGUUUUCAAAACAGUCUCAACUCUGCAUUUUAGAUAGGAAAGUCCUACGCUUCACGGUACUGAAGAGUACCUUGGGCUGAACCCCUUUUGGGGUGUAUGGCUAAACACGGUUGUGGCAGAGCCAUAAUGGUGACAAGCCUCUGCUGGUCUCACAAGAUUUUACUGGUUUGGUGGGUGAAGACUGAAACUGCUAGGAGAGAUUCAACAAACACUGGGCCUGUUGCACGUGUGGCAAAUGUUUUUGCAGUUCAGCUUGUUGUAUUGCUUUUUUAAAAGUAUGUUUCAGAAUUAGAUAUUGAAAAGCUGCCUGGGGAUGGUCCUGGGCAGGUUGCCAUGUGGCCCUUCUUGAGCAGAAGUGGUUGGACCAGGUGCCAUCCAAUAACUGGAGAAGACCUCCCCCUUCCUUGUGAUGGGUCAUCCCAUAACCCGUGGUGAGAGAAGAAGCGGUGGGUGCAAUGCUGCACCGGUGUGGUGUACUGGAAGCGACUGGUUGAGUGCUGUCUUGCUGUGUUGGAAGGCUGCAUUUCUGUUGUGUACAGGGACAUUUAGGACCUGUGUCUGCUGUCCAGAUACUCCAAGCAAUGUAAAAAAGAGCAUAAUGUCAGAAAUGACUUUUGGAACUCUUGAUAGCUUAGCCCCGUUAGACAGGGAGCGUAUCUGUGGAGAGAAAGGGCAGUCGUGUGAGAGAAGAGCUGUUGGAGGUGGCUGGGUAAACUGGCUCCGGUGUCAGAUUGUGGUCUGUGGUGCUUUUGUUUGGUUUUGUCAUGUGAAGGGAAAUCAAAUCUGUGGUCUGCUUUGAACCUAGGAGCUUAGACGUUGGGCGUUGAUAGGAUACGGAGCUGAAACGCUUUCUUCUUCUCCCCUUCUGCUGUAGAUUUGUACUUCUCAGAGAGCUUGUGGAGCAUCCACACAAACACUGGAAGCCCGAUGGUAGAAUUCUGAGACGGACCGUCUCUGUUCUGCUAGCGACUUCUUAGACCACAGUUUAGGUUUUGGAUUAAACAUAGGGAGGUUGCCUGAAAUGUCAGUGGUUGGUGUUUCUGCCCAAGUGGGAAAGAAAUGACCCAGUGGUACUCACUCAGUCACCUGCUAACUCGCUCACCAGAUGCUCUUUCAUAGGCUCAUGGAAUCACUGGGGGCAGAAGGGACCUUAAAGAUCGCCUAGUUCCAAACCUCUUGCCGUGGGCAGGGACACUUUCCACACUGCCGAGAUGUGAUAAGGACAGAAAAUAGGAAGGAAGGGACUGGAAUAAGGAGGAUGAGGAUUUAACUGUAGAAAACCCCAGUGGUUUCAAGUGCUGUGUUCUGUUUCCAUCGUAAGGGUGUGGGAAACUACUUUCUAACUGUUGAGCUAUGAAAAUCCAUAUUGCUUGCCCUGUGGAAGUAUCUGCGGUACACUUUUUCUGGAAGAAAUUGAGAAGGGAGGUGACGGAGACCAGCUCACAGGGACGCCUGAAAUCGACAGACGGACUACCGCUCUGGUGAGUGAAGAAUGCGAGACCUAAGAGCGCAGGUGACAAGCAGCCUGCUGCGGUUCCCAGAGGGGACUCUUCAGGCACUCGUGAAACAUGAGGUCACCCAAGGUUCCGUGCUGCGCAGGAAGUUUUCUGGACGGCUAAGUGACCUAGCACAGCUGGCACGUGCUCCUCACCUCGAGAUAGUGAACUUGGUGACAGGCCAGCGGCUCUCUGCAUACUAUUUCAGAGGAGCGCACGAACAGCCUCCCACCAUCCGAGUGGUGAAGGAGUUUUUGUGGGAGAAAAGAACUGGACUGAUGAUUGCUUUGGAAGAAGGAGAGGGAAGUGUUCUGUGCCUGUAUGACCUUGAAACAUCAAGAGUGGUUAAAGCAGUUGUUCUUCCCGCAAGGAGCUACAGAACCACCAGCCAAGAGACGUCCUCCCUCGAAUGUGGAGUUGUGCAAUACAUUUCUUAUGACACCAACUACAAAAUGGUCAUGACAAUGUCUGACGACAUGGAGUAGAGUUUUAGAAUUAAUAAAAGUGUUGUUUCUCCUA